AUGCAGAAAACUCACGUCACGCAGAUACAGGUCCGAGUGGACUGUAAUGGAUGUGUGCAGAAGAUCAAGAAAGCUCUUAAAGGCAUUCUUGGUAUACAUGAUCUUCAUAUCGAUUUCAAUCAGCAAAAGCUAACAAUCACUGGGUGGGCAGAACCAGAAACUAUUGUCAAUGCAAUUAAGAAGACAAGGAAGAAAGCCAUCAUCUGCGCUGAUAUCGAACUGUCCCCUCCUCCGUCUCAACCAACAGAGUCAAAGCCGAAAGCUAAUCAUGCAACAGUCGACGAUGCAACACAACUGCCACCAGAAGCCUCUCCACCACCGCCUGAAGCAACACCACCAUGGCCACCCACAUCUACAGAGAACAAUUCAAGCCAGCAGUGGGAGAGAUACCCAGGAAGGAAAGAUGUAAGAGAGGUUCAUGUGAUUCACCACCAUCUGCCAAACUACCUCAACAGAGUAAAUUCUAGUCCAGUGUUUGUGACACACAGUUAUGAUUCUUACAUGCUUUCACAUUCUGUCAGUGAAUAUGAAUAUGUCAUGCCACCACCAGUGCACACACAUUACAAUCUUCUAGAAAAUUACGGCGGAAACGGUAUCAUCACAUCCAUGUUCAGCGAUGAUAAUCCGAAUGCAUGUUGUAUAGUAUAG